AUGGAGAAAAGUGCUACUAUUGAUACUUAUUUUAAGAGAAAGAAUAGUGAGUCUUUGUCCUCACCUACUCCUAAUGUUGAAUUAUCAAAUAUUGAGACUCCUUCUCCAAAGUCUCCUAGAAUUGAAAAUAAAGAAGUGGUUAAAGAAGAUGAUCUUGCUUCAUUGGAAAGAGAUCCUGCACUACGCCCUCCAAUAUGGAAAUUUCCUAUAAAUCAACAAGAUGAAAUUUGUCGUGCGUAUCUUAAACUUGGUCCAUUUCAGUGCAAGCUUCAAAAUAAUCGACGUCACUUUUGCUCUUCCUGGUUUGAUUUGUUUCCAUCUUGGUUAGAGUAUUCUCUAACUAAAGAUGCUGCAUUUUGUUUGCCUUGUUAUUUAUUUAGUAAACCAGAUGGCAAUGGUCGUUUUGGACUUAGUACAUUUGUUGUUGAGGGAUUCAGAAAUUGGAAAAAGAUUGCAGCUAAUCGUUUGAGACUACAAGUUUCUGUGGACGUGACAAGAUGGCUUGCUUUGCAAGGAUGUGCUUUUAGAGGUCAUGAUGAAAACUUAGAUUCACUUAAUCAGGGUGAUUUUUUUGGAGAUGAUAAAGUAAAGGACACAAUACGAGAAGAAAUCUCCAAUGCCAAGUUUUGUCUUAUUGUUGAUGAAGCUAGUGAUGUAUCUAAAAAAGAGCAUAUGGCUAUUGUUUUGAGAUUCGUAGAUAAAGAUGGUUUUAUACGGAAAAGAUUUUUCGGUCUUGUACAUGUGGAAGAUACAAGUGCUAAGACUUUGAAACAAGAACUAUGCAACUCUCUUCGUCACCAUAAUCUUCGUAAUGAUGAGUUAAGGGUUGCCCAAACAAAGAAAAUUGCAAGAAUGAUUGCUAUUGAUGAACUCGAAUCAGGAGUUGGUCUUAAUCAGGUUGGUACUUUGCAUCGAGCUGGAGCUACUCGUUGGAGUUCUCAUUACAAUUCGAUAUGCAGUUUGUUUCAAAUGUUUAAAGCCACAUGUGGAGUUCUUGAAAAUAUUUCUAAUGAAGGAAAGACAACAUCACAUCGUGGAGAUGCAGAUAAUGCAUACUUAUCAUUGACCUCUUUUGAUUUUGUCAUCAUAUUGCACCUUAUGAAGGAACUUAUGGGUAUUACUGAAGUCCUUUGUCAAGCUUUGCAACUAAAGUCUCAAGAUAUUUCAAAUUCUUUACAUCUGGUUUCAACUACAAAAGAGUUACUUCAGAAAUUAAGAGAGUCAGGUUGGGAUGCUUUCUUAGUUCAUGUUCAAGAAUUUUGCAGAAAACAUGACAUUGACAUUCCAGAUAUGAGUGCAAAAUAUAUUGGAAGGAGAGGUCGUGCUCGAAAUGAACAAAGUGAUUUUUCUACUGAGAAAUUUUACAGGGUAAAUAUCUUUUGUGCUACAAUUGAUUAUCAAUUACAAGAACUAAAUAACAGGUUCAAUGAUAAUAUUGUUGAAUUACUUACUUUGAGCAUGGCUUUAGAUCCAAGAAACAGGUACAAGUCAUUUAAUAGUGAUGAUAUUUGCAAACUUGAUGAUAAAUUUUAUUCUAGAGAUUUCACAGAACGGGAAAAAUUACAUUUGAAGAUGGAGUUACAACAUUUUGAGCUUGACAUUCCUAAACAUCCAGAUUUGAUUAAUUUAUCAACUACUUCUGAAUUAUGUUAA